CAUGAUACUCUGAUGGCGGAACAACUUUCGGACAAGGAUGGCUACCUAAAUUUGUCAGGCAGCGACACCGAAUGGUCCAAGAUCGACCCCAAACUUAACAUUUAUCACAACUGUGAGGACGAAAAUGUUGAAUGCUGGCGGAAAGUCGAAAUAAAAAUCCCAGUUGACUUCAUUACUGAGGGAGGAACGCCGGAUAAGAUCUUCGAUAUAGGAAUUCUCAAUCUCAAUGCGAAACUGCCAGGAGAGACCCGAGACUGUUUGAACUAG